AAGAGCGCGUGGCGCUAAAAACUCGUUAACGCCAGCUGGCAUUACUGGGUAGUCUACUGGCCGACCUUAUCCUCUUCUCUUUUUUUGAAUAUUUUAUUUUUUCACAGAGAAAAAUAAAGGCGAAGAACUGUAAUUUGUGAAUGCAGAGCGAUUGUAAUUGCGACUCUUGAGAAACAGAGAAGACCAAACCCAAAGCAAAAUCCUAAGAUUUCUUUCUUGUGCAGAUAAAAUUACCUAUCUUUCUUUCUUUUUGUUUUUUUUAUUCGAUUUUCAGAUCCAAAGAGAGGGCUUCAAUCUUUCUUCAUUUCAAAGCUGAGAUCCUGCCAAAUUAUAGUCAUUUCGGAGGGAAAACAAUCUACGGUUCUGUUUAGAAGGUUGAGAUCUUGUUUUAGAUUGUAUAAGUUGUAAAGGGUUUUUAAAAGAAAGAGUGAAAAUGAUGUCUAGGUCAUAUACGAAUCUCUUAGAUCUAGCCUCUGGUAACUUUCCGGCGAUGGGUCAGCCCCGUGAGAAAAAACGGUUACCCCGUGUAAUGACCGUUCCCGGGGUUAUCUCUGAGCUUGACGAUGAUCAGGCCAAUAGCGUGGCCUCAGAUGUACCCUCUUCAGUAGUUCAGGACCGAAUAAUCAUUGUAGCCAAUCAGCUACCUGUAAAGGCUAAGCGCAGACCAGAUAACAAAGGAUGGAGUUUUAGCUGGGAUGAAGACGCGUUGCUGCUGCAGUUAAAAGAUGGUUUGCCAGAAGAUAUGGAGGUUAUCUAUGUUGGUUCUUUGAAGGUGGAAGUCGAUUUGAGUGAACAAGAUGAUGUUUCGCAGCUUUUGUUGGAUAGGUUUAAAUGUGUCCCUGCAUUUUUGCCUCCUGAUAUUUUGUCCAAGUUCUAUCAUGGAUUUUGUAAGCAACAUCUUUGGCCACUGUUUCACUACAUGCUUCCAUUUUCAGCAAAUCAUGGUGGUCGGUUUGAUCGAUCUUUGUGGGAGGCAUAUGUGGCAGCAAAUAAGAUAUUUUCACAAAGGGUGAUUGAGGUUAUAAACCCAGAGGAUGAUUAUGUUUGGAUUCAUGACUAUCAUUUGAUGGUGCUACCCACAUUUUUGAGAAGAAGGUUUAAUAGAUUGAGAAUGGGGUUCUUUCUCCAUAGUCCAUUUCCUUCGUCUGAGAUAUACAGGACUUUACCUGUGAGGGAAGAGAUUUUAAAGGCCCUAUUGAACUCAGAUCUCAUAGGUUUUCACACUUUUGAUUAUGCGCGGCAUUUUCUCUCUUGCUGCAGUCGAAUGUUGGGUUUGGAGUAUCAGUCAAAGAGGGGUUACAUUGGUUUGGAGUAUUAUGGAAGGACUGUUGGAAUAAAGAUCAUGCCUGUGGGGAUUCACAUGGGUCAGAUUGAGUCGGUGUUGAAACUUGCAGAUAAAGAUUGGAGAGUGGGAGAGCUUAAACAGCAGUUUGAAGGGAAGACUGUUUUACUUGGGGUCGAUGAUAUGGACAUAUUCAAAGGUGUGAAUUUGAAACUUUUGGCAAUGGAACAGAUGCUGAAGCAGCAUCCAAAGUGGCAGGGAAGGGCAGUAUUGGUACAGAUUGCUAACCCUGCCAGAGGAAAAGGGAAGGAUCUUGAGGAGAUACAGGCUGAAAUACAGGCAAGCUGCAAGAGAAUUAAUGAAACUUUUGGUCAACCUGGCUAUGAACCAGUUGUGUUCAUUGAUAGGCCAGUCUCUCUUAGUGAAAGGGCUGCAUAUUAUACCGUUGCUGAGUGUGUUGUAGUGGCAGCUGUUAGGGAUGGGAUGAAUCUCACUCCAUAUGAGUACAUCGUGUGUAGACAAGGUGUCUCUGGAUCAGAGUCUAGUUCAGAAUCCAGUGGAUCCAAGACGAGCAUGCUGGUUGUAUCGGAGUUCAUUGGAUGUUCUCCUUCACUCAGUGGUGCAAUUCGGGUCAAUCCAUGGAACAUUGAAGCGACUGCUGAGGCGAUGAAUGAGGCUAUUUCCAUGUCUGAUUCUGAGAAGCAAUUGCGCCAUGAGAAACAUUACAGGUAUGUCAGCACCCAUGAUGUGGCGUACUGGUCAAAAAGCUUCUUCCAAGAUAUGGAAAGAACUUGCAGAGAUCAUUUCAGAAGGCGAUGCUGGGGGAUUGGCUUGAGCUUUGGUUUUAGAGUUGUUGCUCUUGAUCCUAAUUUCAGAAAGUUGUCUAUAGAUGCAAUUGUCUCUGCAUAUUUAAGGUCCAAAAAGAGGGCUAUAUUAUUGGACUAUGAUGGAACUGUAAUGCCCCAAACGUCGAUCAACAAGAGCCCGAGUCAAGAAGUCAUAUCAAUCAUAAAUGCUCUGUGUGGUGAUGUGAAGAACACUGUUUUUGUUGUUAGUGGAAGAGGGAAGGACAGUUUAGGCAAGUGGUUUUCUCCAUGCAAGAAGCUUGGAAUUGCUGCUGAACAUGGCUACUUUAUGAGGUGGGCUGCGGAUGAGCAAUGGCAGACUUGUGGGCAGAAUAGUGAUUUUGGAUGGACUCAGAUAGCUGAGCCUGUCAUGAAGUUGUAUACAGAAUCAACUGAUGGGUCUUCUAUUGAGACCAAGGAGAGUGCCUUAGUCUGGCAUCAUAGGGAUGCUGAUCCUGGUUUUGGUGCCAGCCAGGCUAAGGAGAUGCUGGAUCAUCUGGAAAGUGUGCUGGCAAAUGAACCUGUUGUUGUGAAAAGUGGUCAGUUUAUUGUGGAAGUGAAGCCACAGGGAAUCAGUAAAGGUUUUGUUGCAGAAAAGAUCUUUACAGCAAUGGCUGAAAAGGGAAGGCCCGCUGAUUUUGUAUUAUGCAUUGGUGAUGACAGAUCAGAUGAAGAAAUGUUUGAGACAAUUGGCAAUGCAAUCACAAGCGGAGUCCUUUCCUCCAGCACUUCUGUUUUUGCCUGUACUGUUGGACAAAAACCAAGCAAAGCAAAAUACUAUUUGGAUGAUACAAAUGACGUCAUAAACAUGCUCGAAGCUCUUGCAGAAGCUUCAGAUUCGCCACCUUCUUCACCGCCUUCUGAACCAAGCUCCCCGUGAAAUGUUUCUUCAAGCUUUCAUGAUAUUGCAGCUCCCUCAAGUUAAUCAGGGAAAGGUGUACAACUACAAUGCAGGCCUGUGAUAGAAGGGUGACAGUCGUUUUAUGCUCUUGUUGCUUGGUGGAAGACGUUCUAUGGCCUUGUGGUUGAUUAAUGUGGCCGUUUGAGAAAUGUCAAGUUUGGUUGGGUUUUGUCUGACAAAAACAGUGAAUUCAACAGUUUAAAAUGGGAUUGUGAGCUUGGGAAAAGGUUGAGAUGUUUAGUGGUAAGCGAGACAGAGUGAAUUCAUACAUGGAGACUUGACUUGAAAUUGAAACAAAUGCCAAAAUAAAUGUGAAUGUGAAGGCUGCCUUUGUAGGAUCAGAUGUCAUUUGGAGGCAUGAAAAUACAGCUGAGGGAAUUCCUGCCUGGAAGUAAUUCUGAUGGCGGGAAGUUGGUGUUUUUGGUGGUAGCAGCUGGCUUUAAGUAACCCUGUUGAGUGUUGAACGAAAGAUAUACUGGUACCAUUUUUUUUCUUUUUAGACUUCUGGGUGAUUUUUUUUUUUAUUACAAAAACUUCAUUAAUUCAUUUACUAGUUCCUAAAAUCUGUAAAUCUAUAGUAAAAUUACCAAUUUAGUUUGUUUUUGCAACCAUUGCAUUGAACAUAAUACUGUUAAAAAAAUUUUCGGCUCCAAA